UUCAACUCAGAACAGCAUUAUGAAGAAACCUGUGUUUUUCCCCGGAAAAGUCCAAGUGUCUUUCAGGAAAGGUCCAUCAGGCCAUUUACGCCGGGACCCGUCUGAAGAGGCAACAAGAAUGAAAGACAACCCUUCACUGCAGGACAAGUCAACACCUCAAAGAGACGAUCUGGUCAAGCUGAAUGCCCGGUCUGUGGUGUUCCAUAGAGGAGGGGAUGUCUCGGACAAGCAAGAGGUGUUGGGAGAAUGCAUUCUUCAGUUCGGCAAGUACAAGGGCAAGUCUUUCAAGUGGUUAUUAGAGAAUGACGUCGGCUAUGCUUUGUACCUGUCCGAUAAGGUUGAGGAAGAGGAACGGGCUGGGCAGUUCAACCCAGAGGGUCCAUGCAAGGAUAGCCUCAUUUCCUUUCUUGAGUAUUCAAGAAGCUUCAAGGAAAUUGAAGAUCUCAAACAGUACCUGUCUCAAAGGUCAGAUCCACUGCCAGUUUUGACAGAGGAUGACAAUACUUUUGGAUUUGGAUCCAGAGCACGAGACACUUGGAAGAAAAUUUGGGAUACCAGGGCAGACGGAUAUGCUUUCUUUAUAAUGAGGCAGAAGUGUGUGCCAGGCAGCAAAAUGUACAAUUUGCAGCAGUAUCUUUUAAAACAGCAGCAAAAACAGAUGACCAAAAACACUCCUCCGUUGCCCCCACCAUCAGCUUCCGCUGCAAGACCACCGGUUCCUUCCAUUACUGACUCUGAUCAGCCUGUAAUGGAGGAGGAUGAACAACUGGAGAGGAUGAUGCUGAGUCUUUCUCCAACAAAAUAUCUCACACAGCUGAGAUCAUCAUCUGCAGCCACAGGAUCCACAGACUUAUCUACAACAGGUUACUUUACACAUCAGUUUUGGAGGCUAAUUCGGUUUGAAUAUACCAGUGGUGAGGCUCCUCCAACAACAUCGGCUCCUGUGUGUAGGCCUUCUUCACAGAGUGAAGGCUUUGCACCACCUCACGCAGCACAAUCAGCACCCACACCUGCACCAAUGCCGUCUGCACUCACUGAAACCCCUGUUCCCAGAUACUUGAAGAAAAAAAUUAUGCCACAGCCUUCACCGGCAUCACAUGCAGUCUCUAGUUCUCCCAGUCCACCAGCUCCUGUGUGUAGGCCUUCUUCACAGACUGAUGGCUCUGUACCACCUUCUGCCGCACAAUCAGCACCUACAGCUCCUGCAUCAAUGGCGUCUGCACAGACAGAAGCACCUGUUAGUGGAUAUUUGCAAGAUAUUAGUCACUGGAACUGCUCUCUUCAUCAAAGGAUUUGGAUGAAAACAGAGAUGGAGUCCAUGGGGCUUUGGCCAGGAUCACGCCCAGUAAGACACCUCAUGAAUAUGGUCUCCUUGUUGCGCUAUCCACCUCAGCCCGAGCUUAUAGAGACAAACAUGGGCCUUCCGUCACCAAAGUACUUCCAGCUCCAUCCCUUUUUCAUUUGGAAACCUGAGCACAGUAUAAAUGAAAGGCUUAGAAACAAUUACAUCCUGCCCUGUCUCUACAGCUGUCCAAAUCCGCAUGUUGUGUCCUCAGGUGUGGGAAGACCCCGAGUGAUCCUUGGCACUAGUGGGCAAUAUUACAUCCUUGCUUCACGUCUGUGCUGUAAGGCAUGUAAAAAAUACUGGUUUGCUGAUAAACCACAGUGGGUGGACAUGCUACCUCAGAGAUUUAGAAACAUCUUGCCAGCCUUCCUCACCUAUAAGAAGGCAAUCUGUAAAACGGUGAUGGAUGAACUGAGGCGCUCUGGAAAGUCCCCCAAUGAUAUGGCCAACCAGCUGUCUGAGGUGCUUCACCUUAAGUUUGAAAGGGCCCACCUUGCUUACCUUCUAAUGGUGCAGAACGUCAGGGAUGCUGAAGCAGGACUGUAUGGCCAGAAAACCAUCACAGGAGCAUUGAGGAAGGACGACACACCUGCUUCGUUUGGGGGUUACGAAGACACUGAUGGGUGGCAUGGGGUGUCUGUGUCUGCACAUUAUCUGGUGGAGUGCUUGCUUCAGGAAUAUCAGCGUCAAGAGGCAGUUCUCACUCAGCUCCUUCAAGGCACUUUUGGACAGGUGUUCAGGUCAGAUCACACACGCAAAGUUGCUAGAAAAGUGACCCUCUCAUCUGGCACAAUGUCAUCCUAUGCUGUGAUGAACGAGAACUGGAUGAUCCUGUCCUGGGUGAUGCUGCAGUCUGAGAGUGAGCAGUCCUUGACGUCAAUGUACUGUGGGAUGGCCAAUCGCUACAGUGCUGCUGGCAUACCCAAGGCCAAGUACCAGUGGGUGGACAGGGACUGCUGUGCUGCAUUCAGAGUGAUGGACCCAGGACCGUAUGAGCACCAGCAGUGGGAAGCUUGGAGGACCACUGAAGCUACUGUGGCAGAGGUUACAUCAGGAAACCUCAAGAAUGUAAAUGCCGCUUGCCAGAAGUACAAUGAGGACAUGGUGGUUAAACUAGACUUGUUUCACUGUAUGCGGCGAUUCACCAGGGAAUGUGUUUCGGAGCACCAUCCUCUGUAUAGUUCCUUCUGCCAGUUCCUCUCUUCUGCCUUCUCUGUAGUAGAUCAGAGUGACCUGGAGAAACUGAAGAACGCAUACAAGUUCUGUGGAAUUGAGCCUGCUAAUCCCACAAAGCAGCACAUCCGAGAGCACUGCAGGACAAAAGUGCCACAUCCUAGAGAGCUGGUCCAAAGAGUGGAAGAAGUACUUCACCAUUUCCAUCUUGCAAAGGAUCCCAACAACAUCUUCCUUUUUAAACCCUCGAUGCUAAAAUUGUGGUGGAUUCAGCGUAUCCACAUCCUUAGAGGCUGCCUGAGUGACCCUGAGGUGGAGGAAGGAAUCCUCUACAGAUAUGGGGGAACGCUACAACUGAAUCAUGUCAAGGGUGAAGGAGCUGCUGUGCCCAUCUGGAUCCCUAUCAGAGGCACUUCACAGCAGGAGGGGUUUCAUUUCCACCAGGCUCAGUGGGUAACGGGCAAUCGCGUCUCUCCUGAGCUGUUCCAAGCGCAGGGUAUGACUGGUGUGGCACGCUGGAAUUAUCAGCGGCUCGUUGACCUGAAGCAGCCUGGGCUUGUCUUACCUGGAGUGUUUGACCCUGUUUUGAUGAUGGAGUUAAACAGGGCAUCUAUAACAGUGACUGGGCAACCCAAAUAUCCAGCCUUCCACAUCUCCAGCAGGGACACAGGCGAGAGGUUUGGCCUACAAUAUGUGGAGCCAGGCUGUCGACCUGUGCCUCUUGACUUCGACAAACACAAAAGCAGGAAGACAGACCUAGGGAUGCAAGAAGAGUCUUCAUCUGGCACUGACUUCUCAUUUCCAUCUCAGAAAUGCUUAGAGGAUUCCUCUUCUGCUGAGGCCCCUCCUGCUGGUGGACCAGAGGCCCCCCGCAGACUAACUGCCAAGCACACCACCACUGCCUUUAGCUGCUUCUCCCUGUGCUGCUCGGACUGGACCCAUUAA